AGUGAUUCUCCUGCCUCUGACUCCCUACUAGCUGGGAUUACAGGCAGCUUCCAGCAAGCCUGGCUGUUUUUGUAUUUUUAGUAGAGACAGGGUUUGACCAUGUUGGCCAGACUGGCCUUGAACUCCUGACGUCAGGUCGUCCAUCUGCUUCGGCCUCCUAAAGUGCACACUGUUCUAUUUGCAGAGUGAAGUAUGAGUGGGAGAGAAAGAAAACAUAGACCAAUGCGACAUGUGCGACUUGUUCAGCUGACCAGGCCUGACGAACCCAGUGUGCCAAAGCCUCAACGAGAAGAAACACCAGCUGAAAGUCACGAUCAUACACCUGGUCAGAAGAGUGAAGAAGAUCAGGGUGUAGCUGAGAUUCAAGGUGCUUGGAAGGUGCCUGGCCUGGAACCUGAUCUCCAGGAGUUGUCUCAGUCAAAGACUGAGGAUGAAUGCAGAGUUGGUCCUGAUGUAGAGGGAAAGAGUGUACCAAAAUCAGAGCAAUACAAAAUGCCAGAAGGAGGCGAGGGAAAACCACAGGAUUAAACGAAGACAAGCUGAAAGAAUGCAAACUGAAUUCAUCCGAGAUAUUUUACUUAAAAAAAUCUCAAUGUGGGUGUAGGGGAGAAAGGAAACAAAACACACUGCCAUGUGUGUACCUAUGCAACUGUCUUGCACGUUCUGCACAUGUACCCCAAAACCUAAAAUGCGAUAAAAAAAUUUU